CAAAAUCGAGUUCUUACGUUCAUCUCAACGUCCGUCCGAUGAUCGUCGAAUUUGAUUUGGCGGACGCGCACGAUAAUGCGACGCUGCGAUGACAACGAUAGUAUUUUCGGGAGAGACGCACGUAAUAACGUAAUGUUACCUUAGCUGAUCCCGCGAGAGAAGAAUUACGGGAAAUCUAAUAUGUGGCGAGAAAGAGAGGGAGAGAGAGAGAUUUUUAAACCAGAGCUGAUGCCCGUUCGAUUCGUCAGAUUCGUUGUCAGUCUUAUGUGAUUCGAACGCGUUCUGUUCUUCUGUUCGGUGUUUUAUCGGUACCAUCAUCAUCCUCCGUCGUCAUCGUUGUCGCGGCUAAUCGAGUCCGCAAUCGCAACGACGCCAACGACCAUCGUCUUCUGAUUGCGAAAGAACCGAGAGGAACUCGAGAAGUCAAAAACAGAAAAUAUCUAUCUUCAUUCCAUCUUUUCGCGGGUGCCCAGUUCGGCAAAGUAAUAGUUGAAACGCAGAAAGAAGGAAUCGAUAAUAAUUUAUUUAUAUGUGUGUACGUGAGAAUUUUACGUGUAACACGGUAUGCGAACAAUACGCGUGACUGUUGAUAUAAUAAAGAUAAAAUUUAAAAAAAUACACUUCUUCGCUUUGUCCGAAAGUGACGUUUGUCGUUGAUUCGACCUUUGUAUGUGUAUAUUUUUGUUCAAUUUCUGUAUAUUAUUACAUACAGAAAGAAGAUAUUUUAGCGACAAACACAAUCAUUAAAAAUCACACUGUAGAUUAUCAAUAUAUUCUCUCCUUCUCUCUUGUCUUUUGUAAUAAGAAAGUCAAAUAAAAUAUUAUACUUUGAAUUUGUUCUACUACUACUACGAUUAAAGGUAUUUGAUUUUGUCGCGGCGAGUUGACCAAUACUAAAUGCCGAUGAAUUAAUCUUUAAAGAACGCGUACUGACUCAACGCUGAGAAGCUUUUGGGAUUCUUAGGAAACGCCGAACUUAUUGUUAGUGUCUCUCUCUCUCUCUCUCUCUCUCUCUCUCUCUCUCUCUCUCUCUCUCUUUCUCUCUCUUUUUCUCUCUCUCGCCGUUCUGAAUUUUCCCAAAAAUAUAACAUCGCGCGCAUGGCCACUUCCCACCAUUGAACACAAGUGGAAGAGGAUUCGGAGGUAAUGAAACUGACAACCGGAAGCGUAGUUUUUCCUGUUACGUGCUACCGAUAUCAUGUGAAUUUGAUCGCGCAAUGAUGACGCCGAUGAAUCGCGAAAUCGUCAGGGUAUAGUAUAUCAUUGAUGUAUAUGCGAGAGCGCAAAGAGUUAAUUAUCUACCAAGUGGAGAAUUGUAUCCGCGCGAAAAAUGAUGUUCACUGGCGCCUCGCACGCCAAAAGGAGAAAUGCCGGUGGUGGAUCGUCGAGCGGAUCAUCUUCCGGAAGAAGAUCCUCUGUGGAUCAUCGAAAUCUUCCGGCGCGCGGCGUUGGCGCUGAAGGAUAUACGUACAGAACGAGAGUACCGGCACUCGUAACGACUGCGGACACAUCAUCGACAAGUUCAACGCAAAACAAAACUUAUAUAUACAAAACUAGAAUUCCUCGGAGAGAGCUCGUAAAGACAACGUCAAAGACAACGUUAAUCUCUUCUUCUUCUUCUUCUUCUUCGCGGGAGAACAACAUCGGUCGAGCUAUCACGAGAAGAAGAGGAGCUGUGAAGCAUAACAAAGUGCAUGUUAUACGAGGUCACAAACUCGUAGCCAAGUUUUUUCGGCAACCGACAUUCUGCGCUUUUUGUAAAGACUUUUUAUGGGGUUUUGGGAAACAGGGUUAUCAAUGUCAAGCAUGUCAAACUGCGGUGCACAAGAAAUGUCAUGAUAAGUUAUUGACUAAAUGUCCCGAAAGCGGAAGAGAAUCGGAAAAUACGAUAUACUUGAGAGAGCGUUUCAAGAUAGACGUUCCUCACAGAUUUCGAACUCACACUUUCAUGUCACCGACUUUCUGCGAUCAUUGUGGUUCUUUGCUGUAUGGAUUGUUUCGGCAAGGUCUAAGAUGCGAUGGUAAGAAUGCGAUGAAUCGCCUACGUCGCAAUCGGCCCACUAUCAAAAUCAGAUCGCAAGCUCUAAAAAAUAAUCCUGCGUUACGGGAGCACAAUGAGAAGCACGAAAAAUCAGUGGGCGAGCUUUUGAUGGAGAAAUUUUAUAUCAAGGACAAGAAAUCGGAUGGAAAUCAGCAGACAACACAUUUGUAUCAUCAGGUUAGUUUGGAUGAAAAAAAUGACGCAGCACGAGAGGUUUUACAGAGGCGAAUCACUCGCAGAUUCACACGACGCAGGUCGUCCGCCGAUUUACAACUCGAUGCUGAGCAACUGCAGCAAGAAGCCACAUAUGCGCAGGUACAAGCUAAAGUCCUCGAUAGUCUUGUCGCUGAAGAACAAGCGCAAAUUGAAAAUGAAGUCCGUCGAGGUACUUUGAUCAGAAAAGGAGCGACGAGAGGACUAUCGGAAGGCGCCAGCCGCUCUUACGCGAACAGCACCGACGACUCAAUGACUCAAGAAGAGGAAGAAGAGAAAGAGGAAGAAGAGAAAGAGGAAGUGGUUGAAGCAAAAAUAAAAAAAACUACAAAAAAGACAAAAAAGAAGAAAAAACCAACUGUUAUCUCCGACAAGCCGUCGCCAGACGAUAUGCUCGAAUCGAGUGCUAGAGAAGUGUUUAAUGACUCGAAGAACAAGGAAGAGAGCAACGAUUCGAGAUCUCAGAUAUACAAGAUUGAGGACUGUAACAGCGCUGGCGACUUCACCGCGAUCGAGUUGAACGCAACGUCUGAAAAGGACGAAAAGAAGCACAAAUCAACGCUCGAACAGUACAGAGAGAGUGUGAGAGUUCCAAUUCCCAAAAAAUCUGGAAUCACACGAAAUGCUGUUGCCAAGAGUACAGAUGUAAUCGAGACACAAGUCAUUUUACCUGUGCGAAAACCUUACGUAAAGGAUCCAUCGAGAAAUAGCGUACAUUUGACAGUGAGGAAACCUACGGAGGAACUCAGCGAGAAACUUGAACAACUAAACGAAAACCUCGACGCGGAAGACGUUCAAAAUGAAGCAGAUUUGGCGACUAAUUUUGUUGACGAUUCGAAUAAGAUUCUUCGGGACAAAGUGUGCGAAAAGAAUUUGUCCGAGUUGACAACUGAUGAGGAUAAUAAAAACGUAUCGUUGAUAAAGACUGCGGUAAAGACAAACAAGGGCAUUUCAGAAACAAAGAACAAAACGCAAAAAAUUGUUCAAGAUGCAUUGUCUGAAAAAAUAACAAAUUCUGUAGAUUCGAGCGUUUUAGCUUUGAAGACAGAGUUCAAAGAAAAUUUACAAUCGGACCAGUUAGACUCGUCCGGAGAUCUUAUCGCGAAUAAAAAUAAAAAUGAAGAACAUAAGAACUCGAUCGAUAAUACGAAGAAAAACGUAGAAGCUGCUAAUAAGACGCCAGGAUAUUUGGCUACCAAGGAUUUUAUCACUUCGGGAAAAGAUUCUGUCGAGGCGUCGAGAACAGACAAGCUCGCAGAGAAAGAUAGAAUCCCAGACGCAACAAGGAGCGUUGUCUCGAUCGAAGCUGAUGAAAAGAGCGCCAACAGUAAUGUGACGCUCACGCCGAGCAGCGUGAUCGGUUGUUUGCCAAAACUGUCUAAAAUUAAUACGGAUAGAAAUAAUGCCGUAGAAGCGCCAGAGCUUCCGUUACAAGAGACGGCGGAGUAUCUGGCAAAAAGUGCCGAAGACGUCGUCAAAGUCAGUGCCGCUGCUGCGUUACCGAAAAAGAAGGUGAACAAAGCGUCAAACUUGGCUAAGAUCUCCCCUUUUAACGCUUUGAAGAAAACCAGUGGCGUAAACGCGGCGACCUUCGAAAUCGAUGCGGCCCGAUGCGACGCGGCGGCCAAGUCAAAGAUUCAAGACACGACCUUGCUCAAGGAAACGAACGAUCAAGUGCGUAGCAACGACCGCAACGAGAAAACGAAAUCAACGACGACAACGAUCAAGUUGACAAAAGACAUCGACCUAACAUCAAGAAACGACGUAGGAAAGACUACCGAAAACGUGCCACGUCAAUUAUCUUUAGACACAACUGGUUCGUCCAAGACAGAAGUAAUCGACGCCGACGUAACCGUGAACUCGUGCGAUAUUAAUAUUAAGAAAACAAGUGAUAUCGAAAAGACUUUACCGACAGAUUCCGGUUUAUCUAAUAUCAAAAACAAAGCCGCGCCGAAACUUGAUAACAUAAAUGUGAAAUCGCUCUCCAAGACAACAACAUUUCCAAAGACUGUCGCGUCUCCAGUCGAAAAAGACCCGGGUUUGUGUAAAACGAUAAAAGUUAAUAACACUGAUCUGACGUUGUCUUCAAAAAACAACCUUAAUGUAUCAAAACUUCCCUUGAAGAACAGUAUUGGCAAUUCCUUCGACACAAAAGCGGAUCCAUCAUUGCCGAAAUUGAUAUCGAGUAAUGAAAAUGCUUCCGAGAUUUCACAACAGUCUGCGGAUGGAAAAAAUACGAACAAACAUAGUGUGCCUAUUGAGAACGAGGCAGUAACAAGUUCGAAUAACGUUACCAAAACGAAAAAGAAGCCGAUAAACGUAAAUUGCAAUAAAUGGCAAGAGAAAAGUGCACAGUUAUCGAAGAGUUCCUCUACCGAAUCCAUCGAUUUUUGGAGCGAGAUCAAAGCGCCGAGCAGUCCCGAAACGACAAAACCGAAAUAUCAGAACGAAAUGUUUUCUCACGAGACGACAGUUCCUCCUAAAAGAGGAUUUGAAGAAAAGACGCAGCAAGAUUUAAUCAAAUUCUCGAACGACUUGAUGGCGAAAGAAUCGUCGACUGUGGCAAAAGAAGACAAUAAAGAAAGUGAGACUAAAAUAAGUGUCGCGGAAUCCGGCAACUCGGCAUUUGUACGAAUCUGUGAUCACGCCGUUCAAGAUCAAAAGGAGAAGGAAAAGGUCAUUCUGGAAGAAUCUUGUAGAAUAAAGAAAGUAGAAACUACGAAACCCAGCGAAACGAUAACAAUGAAGAAAGAUAAUACGCCGACGGUGCGGAGAAUGCCAUCGAAAAAAAAGAAAAAGAAGAUUCUUUCGAUAACGAUCGAUAACAAUGAUUCGACCUCAUCAGUAAAGAAAGCUCCGUUGAAGCGCAAUGACGUCACGACGCCGCAACAAUUCAAUACGAAUGCAAUUUCUACAGUUACUCCAGAAGUUAUUCUACCGGUAAUAAAUAUAACCGAAGCACCCAAGACGUCUGAAGUAUCCCACAAUGGCGACGAAGAUGAGUACGAUGAUCCUAGCACUCCGACCAAUGAAGUACCGCCUGAUUCCUUAUUAACCACGAAGAUGUCAAGAUGGAGUAAUCAGGAUAAUUUAACGAACACUGACGACGUGGCGACUCCGAUCGCGUCGGAAGAAACCAGUUUAACUACCAGUCCCAACGUCAGUCCACAUUCCUCCAAAAUAAAGCGAACGAUCAAGAAGAAGAAACCAUCAACCAAAAAGAAGUUAUCAGUAAAAAGCGGGAAAGAAGGAAUUAAUGAAGAAUCUCGUAACAAUGAAUCGACAACCGCCAAACCUGCUGAGAAACAAUUGGCGAAACUCUCACCGCAAAUAUCGCCCAAGUCUAGUCCGAGAAACUCGCCCUCACAACGACCGAUUGAUCUUAUAAAAAUGUUUUACACUACACCGUCGGCAUUGCUUACGGCUACACCGAGAGAUCUUUCUAAGGUUAGAAGGGCAAAGAUCAAGAGACGGCGGCAUCAUUCGAGAACCCCAUCCGUCAGUAGCGAUAGCACCGGAAGUACAACGAGCACCGCAACGACAGAGAGCACGGAUGGAAGAGGGUCAAUCUGCAACGAACUGGACGACGAUUCUGAGCAAAAGAGAAUGAACUCAACGAGAAGCAACGAUUCUGGAUUCGAUGGCUCGCCGAGAAUCUCGAGUACUUAAUUUGCACCUAUUUAUCCUACACGUCAACGUUAUAUUGAUACACACACACACACACACACACACACACACACACACACAACGUCCAGACAAUUUCGAAAUGUGUUCUGUUUGUUGUUGACGACUAUCUAAAAUAUACAACAGCUUAAUUAAGCGUACGAUCGACAUACAAAUAUAAGAACUUAUUUUAAACAUGAUUUCUUGGUAAAAUAUUGAGAAAGUGUCUGGAAAAAUGAACUAUAAAGUUUGAACAACAUUAAUUUGCUUUAAUUGUGUUUGUCAAUGUUUUAACACGUUACUUGCUUACAAAUUAAUAAUACUCUUUCGUAAUUUUGUGUGUCUUUACAGGCAUAUGUGUCGUAGAAGAACCCAACGUUAAAACCUUAAUAUGCGAAAAACUUGAUUUUUCCACAAUUUAUAUUUAA